AUGGGAUGCUCUGCUAAAUCUCAAGUCAAUACUGCAAGUUCUGUAAUUGUCAGAUCUCAGCCAAGCCAAAAAGUAAAUCCUCAGGCUAAUCCUUCAAACUCUGCCCCGCCUCGUGAAUUCAUAUCUGUUGCAAAUCUUCCAGACCCAACUCAGCAAUCUCCAUCUCCAAAUCUUGAUCUUAGAAAGUACUUCACAAUUCCAGCAUCAGUAACUUGUAAUGGCUCUGCUAUUUCAACCCCUUCUAAUCAUUCAUCAUGAUCUACUUUAAUUUUUAUUUCCCCUUUACAGAAAAAACUUUCCAUCGAGCUCCAAGUUACAGGUGAAAAUUCUGAAUUUACAAUAGUUGGCGGCAUUAUUUUAGCUGAUAAAAAAAAUCUUCCAAAUGUGAAAUUCGAUUCUUCUUGCAACUUAAACGUUUGGACCUAUGAAGGCACAGGGUUUACACAUCUCUUAGUCUUAAACCUAAUUAGCUUUGCUUUUAGUGCUCAUCGGUUAUGGUCCUUACAACUAUUUGAAGCUUGACACCGGUAAAGAAGCUGCCAUCCAGGUCUUAUCUCCCCACCUAUCUUCUCAAGGUGCUACAAGGAGGCACCUCCUCGAAUCUUCGCUUGUUCGGGCUUGAUAGAUAUAUCUGAUUUGGAUUGACUGCCGAAAAUUCAAAAAAUGGAAUUUUCUGGAUACUUUCGUCCUGCCAUGGAAGCUUGUGGCCCAGGUGUAAUUUCCAGUAUCGCAUUAGGCAUUUCCGAUGGGUCUAAUAGUGCUAUUCACUGACAUGCUUAGACCCUGAGCAUCCUUUCCAAUCCCAUGUGCCCAAAGAUGUAAAAGAUCUUUGAAUUCGGACUUGGCUAAGUGCCACUACUGACCUAAAAAUUGCCAUCCAUUUCUGAUGUAGCAAAAAAAUUUUGGCCAACAUAUUUGAAUAUGCGCUCGAGGCUGCAUGGCCAGGAGUGCCCAGGCAGAGACGCUAUAUUUAAUUAUCUUUACACAUUCUCAAUAUGGUACAUUUUCAUAUAACGCUGAACAAUGGAAAAUUAAUCAGGACGACCAUGUCAAAAUUGAAUAUGACCCUUCACAAAGUCAAAUCAACUUUUUCAAAAACAUGCGAAAAAUUUACCAGCACGAAACUGACUCGGGGCCACUUUUCCCAAUAAUUCAGCUCGGAGCUCCGAAUCAAAAACUCACCAUCCUUACUGUUAAGGUAUAA